UCUCCUCUUUUUCUGUUCCCUUGGCUCUCCUCUCACUCUUCCAUGCACCCAACACCUGUUCUCACACAUAUGUGAUAUUAAUUGCAUCUUAAUUCACUAGGUAUUUGGUUUCUCCUUCUCACUACUCUCUUAACAUAUCUGUUCAUUCAAAGGAGAAGUGACAAGGGUUGGUUUUGUUUUCUUGUCAUCUUCUAAGAGAAACUAAGAAAAGAAAAGAGAGGUUCUUGCGAGCAUUCAUGGAGAUGGUGGAUGUUGAAGCACAAUCUAUGGAACAACCCCCAAUACCUAAUUCCACCAUUUUUAAGAAAGCCAAUCACCCUGUCACAUUAAAGUUUGAUGAUGUAGUGUACAAGAUCAAGAUUAACAAAUCAUCAAGUUAUUGGUGUAACAAGAAAGAAAAAUCAGAAGAGAAAGUCAUUUUAAAGGGGAUCUCAGGAUUAGUUCUUCCAGGAGAAGUACUAGCAAUGUUAGGUCCAUCAGGGAGUGGGAAAACUACACUAUUGACAGCACUAGGAGGGAGACUAGGCGGAAAACUUGGAGGGAACAUAACCUACAAUGGAAAACCCUUCUCCAACAAAAUGAAGAGAAACACAGGGUUUGUGACACAAGAUGAUGUGAUGUACCCUCACUUGACAGUCACUGAAACCCUAGUCUUCACUGCCCUCUUAAGGCUCCCCGACACAUUUACUAAAGAAGAGAAGGUAGCGCAAGCAGAGGAAGUGAUAACCCAAUUAGGGUUAAGUAGGUGCAAGAAUAGCAUCAUUGGUGGUCCAUUUUUGAGGGGGAUUUCAGGUGGGGAGAGAAAAAGGGUUAGUGUAGGACAAGAAAUGUUGAUAAACCCUAGUUUGCUUUUCUUGGAUGAACCAACAUCUGGGCUUGAUUCAACUACUGCUCAAAGGAUUGUGUCAACAUUGUGGGAGCUAGCUAAUGGUGGGAGAACAAUUGUGAUGACAAUACACCAACCUUCAAGUAGGUUGUUCUAUAUGUUUCAUAAGGUCUUGUUGUUAUCAGAAGGUAAUCCUUUGUAUUUUGGGGAAGGAUCAGAAGUUAUGGAUUAUUUCUCUAGUGUUGGGUUUGCACCUUCAAUGGCCAUGAAUCCUGCUGAUUUCUUGCUAGAUCUUGCAAAUGGUGUUGCACCGAAUAAUGAUUCGCGGGAAAAUCAGGGGACGAUUAAGCAGAAUUUGACUGCUGCAUACAAGAACAAUCUUGCCAAUCAAUGGAAGAUGGAGAUUCAAAGAAUUAGUGAUCUUCCAAAUGGUGAUUAUGAAGCUGCAGAUUGCAAGCAAUCGGGGCGGUGGGCGACGACUUGGUGGCAACAAUUCAUUGUGUUGAUGAAGAGGGGAGUCAAAGAGAGGAGACAUGAGGUGUUCUCUGGUCUCAAAGUUGGGCAGGUCUUGGUUGUAGCUGUACUUUCAGGGCUACUAUGGUGGCAAUCUGAUCCUAAUCACAUUCAAGAUCGGAUUGGGCUAUUCUUCUUCUUCACUGGAUUUUGGAGUUUCUUCCCUCUAUUUCAAGCAAUUUUCACCUUCCCACAAGAGCGUAUGAUGCUCGAAAAGGAACGAGCUUCGGGGAUGUACAGGCUUUCCUCCUACUUCAUGUCAAGAACACUUGGAGAUCUUCCUAUGGAUUUAGUCCUCCCAACAGUUUUUAUGAUCAUAACCUAUUGGAUGUCAGGGCUCAAACCCAAUGCCUUAAACUUCUUUGAGUCCUUGUUUGCUCUACUAUUCUGUGUCUUAGUGUCUCAAGGCAUAGGACUUGCUCUUGGCGCGAUGGUUAUGGAUCAAAAAGCCGCGACAACGCUGGGAUCAGUGAUCAUGCUAGCGUUCCUACUCGCCGGUGGAUACUAUGUCCAGAAUGUGCCUGUGUUCAUUGGGUGGAUUAAGUACGUUUCGGUUAUCAAUCACACUUACAAGCUUCAAAUAUUGGCUCAAUACAAGUCGAGUGACACCUACCGGUGCAAUGGUAGCGAUGGAGCAUUGUGUUCCGUUGGCGAUUUUCCGGCGAUUAAGGAUAAUUUUGAAGGGGUUGGUCUCUCACUUUUUGCAUUGGUGAUUAUGCUUGUUGGUUAUCGGCUCGUCGCUUAUAUUGCUCUAAUGAGGGUCGGAAUGACCAAGAAAUAAAAAAAGAAAAACAGAGCACUCUGUUUUAUCUAAGUCUUUUUUUUUUAUUUAUUAUUGUAAUAGAACAUUUUAGUAAUUAUUAGGAUAAAUUGAGGAUUCUCAGAUCUGAUCUUUGGAUU